UCCAAAGUGUUUUGUGUAGUGUCUCUUAGUAAUCUUUAAGCAAACCUGUAAGGAAGAUGCUGUAAAAGACUUGACUUUCUUAUUGCUGCUGGAGCUGCCCCAUCAGGUGUGUGGAUGGAUGGGGACUAGUGCAAUCUGAACCUUUCUUCCCUACCUCUGUAUAUGUGGACUGUUAACCAAUGUGAGUGCACUGAAUCACCCUCAAAUGCCAUGAACAAAGGUGCCCUUAUAUAAAAUAUAGAGGACCCAGAAAUUCUUCAAGAUAAAAGAAUUGCUACAGAGAAACAGGAAAAUCUUCUGAGGAAAGACAUACAGGAAUCCUUUCCCCUUUCAUCUUGUGCCAGCUACGGACAUGUGAGAACAUGAGGCCACUGCCAGGGAAGGUCUGCAUCUUGUAAAGCCUGGGACUAGUUGAUGCCAAGGAUGAACGUUAGAGGCCUAAAGAAGGUGACCAGUCCACAAAUGUUUAAUUCCACUGGGAAGGGUGAACAACCUGUGUCCCUCCAUUUGCUGUUGAACUCCAACUCUCGUCAGCCCCAGUCAGCAUGGUCAAUGGUCAGGGAUGAUGGCAGUCGUGAUGUAGCAACAUUUGAAGAGCUGCAGAUUCACCACCCUGAGCUACGGGGAAACGACAGCUCAAAGACAUGUCCUCACAUAUAUGGAAGAUGCAGUGAGCCAGCUGCUGGAAAGCAGAGAAGAUAUUAGUCAUUAUGGUAUUGCCAGGUUCUUCACUGAAUACUUUAACAGUGUGCGUCAAGGAACUCAUGUUUUGUUCCGAGAAUUCAACUUUGUUCAAGCUACACCCCAUAAUAGGGCAUCCUUUCUAAGGAACUUCUGGCGAUGCUUCCGAACAGUGGGGAAAAAUGGAGAUCUCCUGACAGCCAAGGAAUAUCACUGCCUCCUGCAGCUACUUUGCCCCGACUUUCCCAUGGACCUUACACAGAAAGCAGCCAGGAUUGUUCUAAUGGAUGAUGCUGUGGAUUGCUUGAUGUCUUUUUCAGACUUCCUGUUUGCAUUCCAGAUCCAGUUUUACUACUCAGAGUUCCUUGAAAGUGUGGCUGCCAUCUAUCAAGAGCUCUUGACGGGUAAAAAUCCAAACACUGUCAUUGUGCCUACAUCAUCUUGUGGGCAGCAUCGUUCACGCCAAGCUCUGAGUGAGUGCAGCCCACUCGAUGGGGUGGAGGUGUCUUCAUUUUACCAAUGCCUUGAAUCUCUCUGUGACAGGUCCAAAUACAGCUGUCCCCCAUCUACUAUUGUCAAGGAAAUUUUGAGCAGUGUGCAGAGACUGACCUUCUACGGAUUCUUGAUGGCUCUUGCAAAACAUCAUGGGAUCAACAGAGCCCUUGGUGCUCUCCCAGAUAAGGCAGACCUGCUGCUUGACCCACAUAUGGAUCAGGAACUAGAGAAAUUGAUAGCCCAGGUUUCAGGGCUCUCCAUUUCCAAUUCCAGCAAUGCUAGUGGGGAUGCAGCAAAUUUGCCUCCCCGCCCCUCCCCCCGGAUCAGUUCCCCUUGGAGGCCUUUCCACCACCGCCGCAAAAUGGACACAGAAAGUGAUGGCUCUAAUGAAGAGACAGAUUCUUCUGAGAACUGAUGGAUUGAAAUACUAGCUUAUUUCCAGAUCCUUGUAACUGAAGUCGAGUAGGUGUUGAUGAGAAUCAGCAACUUUAGCACGUCUUUCUCCCCAACCUCAAACUGUGGCGAACUCCCUUUUACUGUUCAUCAGUAUUACAGUGCAUGCACACUCACACAUCUCCCCCUCAGCAAGGCAGACUCCAUUCUAUCUUAACCAAAACUGCAACAUUUUCUUUGUCUAUACUGGAAGAGGAAUUGGAUAUGCCAUGAAGGCUGAUCUGUUGCAGGGUUAUACUGGCCCCUAGUGCCUAGCAAGUCAAAUUGGUAAAAAUAUUCCAGCAUUAGGGAAAGUACAGUCUAACCUUUGCCUUCAAAUUUUCAAAGCAUUAAUUCUAGGCCAAAGUUUCAUCCUCAUCCAAGGGUGGGGGAGAUACAUUUUUACAAUACAGAGCUUGUACUCAAAACGCUCUGCUGUUUAUUUUACCUUUUUCUGGUAUAUACUCUAUUUGCUAGCUAAUUUGAUAUCCUCAUACUUCCCAGUAUUUUGCUGCAAAAUGCAGACUAGAUAGUACAGCAUGGUCUCAGUUAAUUUAAAAUUUGGUGAGAGGCUUCUAUAUUUUGUGGUACUCUGAUCGAUGAUCAUUUUCAAACACUUCUUACUAGCUUUAUUGUAGGAGAAACGAGUAGAACAUUAUUUGUUAAUAUGUAAAGCUUUAAACUUCAGUGUAAACAAAGUAUAAUAUAUAGUAAAUAAAGCAUGUU